AUGUUCAGACUGGAAAGAGCGUGGGCAAGUCGAAUAAACGCGAUCAGUGUGACGCGAACACGCGCGACGCGACUUGACAAGGACGCUCGUCUCCCAUUCAGCGGCCGACAGAAGGACGCUCACCGUCGACCACCGGUCAUCCCGUUACGGACGGUCCCCGAACCGCCGAAUAUGUCUGCGCUGGGCUAUCACCAACUGAUCCUUCCUCCCAGCGGAGUGGAAUAUGCAACAGUGCUCAAGCUCACGCCAUCGACCGUCACACCAAGCAACCCCUCCACCUCUGCUUCGGGCCGCGCUCUGUAUAACAUUGCACUGGCGCGUUCGAAUUAUCUUCGCAUAUAUGAAGUCAGAGAGGAGCCGGUACACGUCGAUGAAGAAAAGGAACGGGAGCGGGAGAAGAAGGAAAUCCGGAAGGGAACUGAGCCCGUUGAAGGGGAGGUAGCGAUGGACGAGGGUGGCGAAGGAUUCGUGAACAUUGGAGCCGCCAAGUCGUCCUCGGCUGCUGGCCCACCGACAUCGACCAAGUUCCACUUCCUGCGAGAACAUAUCCUACACGGUACUAUCACUGGUAUGCAACGCGUGCGAGUCAUGUCCUCCGCAGAGGACCAGCUGGACCGCCUACUCGUCUCGUUCAAGGAUGCUAAAAUUGCCUUGCUUGAAUGGUCGCAAGCUGCCUUUGACCUCAUCACGGUUUCAAUCCACACCUAUGAGCGUACAUUACAAGUGAUGGCACAUGACUAUCCUUUUCAGUCAUUACUUCGUACAGACCCGGAGUCUCGAUGCGCGGCGAUCCUCUUGCCUCGGAACACGCUUGCUGUUCUACCCUUCUACCAGUCGCAGGCCGAUAUAGACGUCGUGGUAGAAGGACCUGAUAAUCAAAGCGACGUACCGUAUUCGCCCAGUUUUCUGCUCAAUCUUCACGGCGAGGUUGACAGCCGUAUCGAGAAUGUCAUCGAUUUCGUCUUCUUGCCAGGCUUUAAUCAGCCGACGGUCGCAGUCUUGUUUGAACCACAACGGACGUGGACAGGUCGUCUGCACGAGCACAAGGACACCAUGAAGGUUUUCUUCUUCGUUCUGGAUUCCAUGAAACGCAACUAUCCCGUCAUCACUGUCGUUGAAAGCCUUCCCUCGGACGCCCUUAGCCUGUCUCCUUGUCCCGCCGCUCUCGGAGGUGUCGUCGUGCACGCUGCGAAUUCACUCAUUCACAUUGACCAGGCACAGCGCAAGAUAGGUCUGCCGGUAAAUGGGUGGGCAUCGCGCAUCACGGACAUGCCAAUGUUGCCGCCAGCGUACCCGGAUCGCACGUUGACUCUUGAAGGCGCUUCUCCUGUCUUCGCCAACGAUCGUACGCUCUUUGUCAUCCAUCAAGACGGGACGAUAUACCCGGUUGAGUUCACUGUCGAGGGCCAGGUCGUAUCGAAGCUUUCUAUGGGCGAACCUGUGGCGCGAACUACUAUGCCCAGCAUCGCAUGCCGUCUUGAUGACAACCAUAUCUUUGUUGGAAGUGACGUGGGGCCAUCUGUCUUGAUGCGGGUCGCGAGUGUCGAGGAAGUUGUCAAGGAAGAAACGGAGGGAGGUGGUGAUGUCAAGAUGGACAUGGACGUGGUUGUGGACAAACCCGUGGAGGCCAUGACCGUUGACGACGAUGACAUCUACGGCCCAUCCGGUGCAUUACCUGCACAGACCUCAGCUACAGCUGUGGUCGCAGCUCCAGGAGUGAAGACAAAGACAGUCAUACACACUUCUAUGUGCGAUGCGCUGCCAGGACGUGGUCCCAUGUCUGAUGCAACCUUCUCCGUCACGAAGAAUGGCGAGAAGGCAGUGCCCGAACUCAUCGCCUCCACCGGUUCUGGCGAGCUUGGCGGCUUCACGCUCUUCCAGCGUGAUCUUCCUUCAAGAACGAAGCGCAAGCUCCACCCGGUCGGCGGCGCAAGAGGAGUAUGGGCACUCCCCGUUCGUCAAGCUGUCAGGGUGAAUGGCUCCAACAUCGACAAGCCUGUCAACCCCCUUCACGCGCAGAACGACACCGUCCUGAUCAGUACUGAUCACAACCCUUCGCCCGGCUUGUCAAGGAUAUCGGUUCGAACAGGUGCAGAAGGCGUUACUGUUAAGAUACGGAUACCCGGCAUGACCAUCGGAGCGGCACCCUUCUUCAAUGGGACGACCAUAUUGCACGUCAUGACUAACUCGAUCCGCCUUCUGGAGCCUGAUGGCACGCAGCGACAGAUUAUCGAGGACUUGGACAAGAAUGUUCCCCGGGCGAAGAUCAAGUACUGCAGCAUCCAGGAUCCUUUUGUUCUCAUUCUACGGGAGGAUGAGACUAUCGGCUUAUUCAUCGGUGAGCUCGAGCGCGGCAAGAUUAGGCGCAAGGACAUGUCGCCCAUGGGUGACAAGACUUCACGAUACGUUGCCGGAAGCUUCUUCGAAGAUAACACCGGACUUUUCGCCACUCGUGCGACUACCAAAAGUCCGGAUGGGUCCAGUAGCACGACCACGAUGCAAGGGGCCAUGGCUGCUUCAGAUAAAACGCAGUGGCUCAUGCUCUGUCGGCCAUUAGGGGUUAUGGAGAUCUGGUCGCUACCAAAGUUGUCUCUCGUCUUCUCUUCCACCGCAAUUGCGUCAUUGCAGCCUGCACUCGUCGACUCUUAUGAUCCUCCAGCCUUGUCUGUGCCUCAAGACACGCAGAAGCGCGCCCCAGGAGACUUUGACAUCGAGCAGGUACUGAUUGCUCCUAUGGGCGAGACUAGGACCUCACUACACUUGCUCGUCUUCUUGCGCUCAGGCGAUCUGGCUAUCUACCAAGCUUUGCCUGCGCUUGAUCUUGACCUUCCAGCAGAGCCACCGGAAGCGCGAACGACGUUCUUAGGCAUUCGCUUUGUGAAGCUUCUCUCGCAAGCAUAUGACAUUCAGCGACCAGCAGAGGAGGAUCGCUCUAUUCUCGCCGAACAGCGUCGUAUUGUCCGGCAGUUCAUCCCUUUCACGACUAGCCCCGCGCCCGGCAUCACACUCACAGGCGUUUUCUUCACCGGAGACCGCCCGAGUUGGAUCGUCCGGACAGACCGGUCCGGAUUACGUAUACACCCCUCAGGACACGCGGUGGUGAACUCGCUCACGACCUGCUCGCUGUGGGGUAACAAGGGCGACUUCCUGGCGUACUCUGACGAAGGACCGACUGUGUUAGAGUGGAUCCCCGGCAUGGAUCUCAACACCGAGCUGCCUUCGCGCUUCGUCCCCCGCGGAAAGUCUUACUCCCAUGUUGUUUACGAGCCAACAUCUGGUCUCGUCGUCGGUGCUGCCGCCCUUCGAUCCGAUUUCUCGACCUUCGAUGAGGAGAAUAACGAGGUUUGGACUCCGGAUGCUCCAAACGUAGCAUACCCGAAGACUGAUGCUUCCGCCUUGGAGCUCCUCACUCCGGAAGGAUGGGUCGCUUUGGAUGGGUAUGACUUCGCAUACAACGAGUUUGUGAAUGUCAUGGAAUGUGUCCCGCUUGAGACUCUCAGUACGGCUACUGGUCGCAAGAAUUACAUCGCCGUCGCCACCACUGUCAAUCGUGGAGAGGAUCUCGCAGCGAAGGGAGCGACGUAUGUCUUUGAAGUGGUCGAGGUUAACCCAGAUCCUGCUGCGGGUCGUGCCCGCUCGUGGAAGCUGCGCUUGCGGUGUCGGGAUGAUGCCAAGGGGCCUGUUACUGCGCUCUGCGGUAUAGACAACUACCUGGUUUCGUCGAUGGGGCAGAAGAUCUUCAUCCGUGCUCUUGACUUGGACGAACGGCUUGUGGGCGUUGCCUUCCUCGACGUUGGUGUUUAUGUCACGUCAUUGCGUGCGAUGAAAAACCUACUUCUCAUCGGGGACGCUGUGAAAAGUUUGUGGUUUGUUGCUUUCCAGGAGGACCCAUACAAGUUGACUGUGCUUGCGAGAGAUAACCAAAUUGUCUCUGUAACAAGCACCGACUUCUUCUUCACUGAGAAUGCGCUCUCCCUCGUGACGUGCGAUGAGGAGGGCAUAGUGCGUCUAUACGAAUAUAGCCCGCACGACCCAGAGGCGCGGAAUGGGCUGCAGCUCCUUUGCCGGACUGAGUUCCACGCCCACACCGAGUACCGCUCUUCAUUGACCAUUGCAAAACGGAGCAAAGCGCCUCAGGCCUCUCCCGUCCCGCAGUCUAAACUCAUCUGCGCGCAUCCUGAUGGGGCUUUGACUGCGCUUGCGCCUGUAGACGAGGAUGCCUUCAAACGGUUAUUCCUUCUCCAAGGUCAGCUAGCGCGUAAUGUGCAGCACACGGCGGGCUUGAAUCCGCGCGCGUUUCGGACGGUGCAAAAUCCAACGGUGGCGAAGCCGCUCGCGAGAGGCGUGCUUGAUGGAACUCUGCUCGCUGCGUUCACCGAACUCUCACUGGCCAAGCAAGAGGAGAUCACGAGACAAAUUGGCACUGAACGAGCAUUGAUCGUACGGGAUCUUGCAGCUCUAGCCGGGGCCUGGUGA